AUGUCAACAGCUAGUAACAAUGAUGGGGUAGUGAAACCAACAAGUAUAGAUUAUACAAAUAAUCCUAAUUUAUCAACAAUAGAAAAGAAAAUCCUUGAUCAAUAUCAAUUAAUGAACAAUACAUUACUUGAAAUAUCAAAAGAAUUAGAAUCAUUAACAGCAACAACUAAAAGUAUACAAGAAGAUGACGGGAAUGAUAAAGGGGUUAGUAUUAGAUUAGUUGAGAAUUUAAGACAGUUGGAAACAAAGAUGGUUUUCAUAUAUACUUUUUUCAAAGGUGCUGUUUAUUCCAUAUUAAAUGCUCAAGAUUAUACUGCUGAACAAGAACAACAGCAAGAUAUUAUACGACAUGAUCCUGAUGAUGAUAAUAAUAAACAACAACAACAACAAGAAGAAGACGAUGGUGAACUACUGGGAGUAUCGGAUAAUGACACACAGAAUUUGAUUACAUGA